AUGUCCUCCCCCUCCGACAUCCGCAUCCUCACCCUCAACUGCUGGGGCCUCAAAUACCUCGCCAAAUACCGCCACGAGCGCCUCUCAGAAAUCGGCCGCCAACUCGCCCUGGCCGAUCCCCCGCCCCAAAUCGUCGGUCUCCAAGAAUGCUGGACGCAGCAGGACUACGAAAGCAUCCGCCAACAAACCCGCCACAUCCUCCCCUACGGUAAAUUCUACUAUGGCGGCAUCUUCGGCGCCGGCCUCGCCAUCCUCUCCCACUGGCCCAUCGAGGAGAGCAGCAUGUACGCCUACCCGCUCAACGGCCGGCCCACGGCCUUCUUCCGCGGCGACUGGUUCGUCGGGAAGGGCGUCGCAUGCGCCAGGAUACGCUUUGGGCCGGGCGUAGAAGACGUUGCGGAGGUGUUUACCACACAUCUACACGCGCCCUACGAGCGGGAACCGAACGAUUCGUACAUCUGCCACCGCACCGCGCAGGCAUGGGAGAUCUCGAAGCUCAUGCGCGGCGCGGCCGAACGAGGCCAUCUCGUUAUCGGACUGGGCGAUUUCAACAUGCUCCCUUCUUCGUUCGCGCAUCAGUUAAUCCGUGCCCAUAGCCCCGUCCACGACGUAUGGCAGGUCCUACACCCGGACUCGUCUGUGGGCGCAGCCAUUGACGAAGUCGAAAAGAAGCGCAACAAACCCAUCCCCACUGCUGAGUUUAAUAUCCACGAAAACGGAGCCACCUGUGAUGGCAAAUUCAACACCUGGCGCUGGUCGCAGGCGCAUCAGAAGCAAUUGGAAAAGGGGCAGGAGGUGACGGUUGAUAAAGACUCGCCGUGUCCGAGGGGAAAAAGACUGGAUUAUAUCUUCGUUGGAGACGGUGGGUAUGCGCCGUUAUUCCCGGCGCCGAAGUGGUCCGUCCAGUCGGCGCAGAUUUCCAUGAUGGAGCGACAUCCUACGUUGCGGUGCUCGUUGAGUGAUCAUUUCGCCGUGGAGGCUGUUAUCACUCGUCAGGAUGAGAAGAAUGGAGAGUCGAGUUCGAAACCCCCUCAGACAUUACUCCUAGCACCUAACGCUGCUCUUACACCUGAUACUUACGACCGCAUCAUUGGGAUGAUUCACAAGUACGUGCAACGAGAACGAUCCCAACGACGCUGGCGACUGGCGCAUUUUAUCGUGUCCGUGUUUGUGUCUAUUGGCUGUUUUGUCGGUGUCUGGUGGACGGGCGAUCAUUUGCCGUAUGUGGCGUUUAUCCUGGUCUUGGUGAGUACGCUAAGCUUUGGGGCGGGCAUUCUGGAUGGGUUAAUUGGGGGGCUGUUUGUGUCCAGUGAGUUGCGAGCUCUCAAGGAGUUCGAAUGGGAGGUAAGGAAUGCGAAACGGAUUGUCGAGGAUGUGGGUGGGAAGGGAAAGAAGAUUGAAUGA